CCAUCUCUGAUCCCCGCAGCCGCAGCGCAGCGCACAAAAGCUCCUUCGCCUCCGCUCCGCCUCGCUGCCGUCCCAACCCAACUCCUCCUCCACCUCCGCUUAAAAGCUCUGCUCCGGCCUAAUGUCCCCCAACCCGCAGCCGCCACCAAACCACUCUGCUGUCUCUGCAGCUCUGCACAACAUAACCAGCCGGAUUCAUUCGACCACUGCUCACUCGGCGACGCACUGACGCGAUUGAGUGAAUGAUGGAGAAGAAGCUGCCGCUGCCUCUGGUGCACAACGAGCUGCUGUGGGCUCGGCCGUGGCGGUGGGCAAAGACGGCCUUCUUCAUCGUCGCUAUGAUCGCCUCGCUGCUCCUCGUCUGCGCGCCGCCGCUCCUCGUCGUGCUCCUCGACCUCCUCCUCCCGCCUGCGCUCCUCUCCAACUUCCUCCGCACGCAGGCGCACUCCACCGCCUCCGUCUCCUUCGUCGCCUCCCUCGUCGACCAGGCUAGGGCCUUCCGCUUCGGCUCCUCGCUCGUCGACCUCCCCGCCGUCUCCGCCGCGCGAUCCAUCCUCAUCCUCUGCGCGUACACGGCGUGCGGGGGCGGCGCGGCCUACAUGUGGGUGGCCGUGGCCUGCAGCGUCGGCUCCCUCUGCUACGUCCUCGCCAAGGCCGUCGCAGUGUUCGGCGUUGCCGCGGCCGACGGCGCCGGCCUCGAGAUGCAGGGGAAGGGCCAGCUCGUGGCCGUCGAGGCCAUGUUCCUCAUGUCGCUCGCGCUCGCCGCCGCGCACCUCGCCAUGGCGUACCGCGCCAGCUGCCGCGAGCGCCGUCGCCUGCUCGUCUACAGAAUCGAUGUCGAAGCUGUAAGACUAAAGGGAGGCCAAACGCCCAAGGCACUGAAGCAAUGCAUCGUCUGACACUCAUCUGACCCACACAGUUGGGUGCAGACAGGCUGCUGCAGCUUCAGGGCUCGUCCGUCCGGUCCCAAAUUUUGGUUCGAGAAGUUGUGUACACCCCCGAUCGACACGUCCAUGUACUCUCACACUGUGCCAAGUGAACACAGUAUACAAUUAUACAUCUGUAAAUAUGAAACAUUUGUGCUUCGGCCUCCUGCUCCUGCUCCUGCAGCCAAUGCAAAAAAGGAUGAGCCGUGUGGCAGAUGCUUAUUGGCCUCUUGGGUUCCCGGGGUUUUACGACAGAGUAGUGUCCUUGUAAACACCGGCCUGGAAUUGUGAAUAUCUGUCACGUGCGGGCACAGGUUGCAAUGGACAUGGUUAUAUUUGAUUACAUGAUUCGAUCAGACUGUCAUAUCUGAUCUUCUUUUUUUCGAUAA